CUCUAUCUUCGCUUACCGUAUUUGUGGUUAAAAGACCUGACUGCGACCGUGAACGGGAUUGUGAAUGUGUGAGCACCAUCGAUGUUGGGGACUGGAAACGGGAUUGGGAUUAGGAUGGAGGAGACCAGACCACCCAGAAGAGAAGUUGAUGGAGGGAAGGAUUGAGGGUUGUAUUCAGAAAGCCUCUGCUAUUGCUCCUCGGCGCUAAUAUGGUCGAAGCCCCCUCUUUCGCUUCUCCUCCAAUGGCGAAACCGCUCAGUGCCAGAUCACGACCCGGAUGGUCGACCCAUGCCACUUUUUCCUUGAAGGGUUUCAGCUCCAGGGGAGGGUUUGGUAUAAUCAGUAUGCACAGGGUGGAAAUGUCAGAAUCGGCUGCGAAGACAGCCAAUUUAUCUGCUUCUAGGAAGCAAGUCAUUCAGUUGCCGAAUUAUGAACAAUAUCCCAUCAGUCAAUUCCUGAGUCAUCCAUCCGGCAUUCAAGCUAUACUGAACACAAGAGCUCUUCAGAGUUUUCAGUUCCUCGGUGCUAACACCUACAGGUGUACUCUACCUAAAAUCCAAUUUCUGAACUUCGAAGCAACUCCAGUAAUGGAUUUGAGAAUGACUUUGACCGAUACAGAUUGUAAAGUUGAGAUGCUCUCUUGCAAGUUCAAGGGUUCAAAGAUCGUGGAACGCCAAAACAACCAUUUUUCAGCAUUCAUGACAAAUCACAUGAGAUGGGAUACAAAUGAUUCUGGGAAUACAGUGGAGGUUGACGUGAAGCUGGGUGUUACUCUCGAGAUUUUCACUCAACCAUUUGCUUUGUUGCCAUUAUCAGCUGUUGAAGUCCCUGGAAAUGCGUCUUCUCUUUUAUAUCUAUAUUCAAUCUAUCCGUUGGAAGAGGAUUAGAGGAGCAAUGAGCCAUUGGAGUUGCCGUUGAGCUGCUACCUGAGAAUAGCAUUGCCCAUAUAGUUCCAUCACUACAAUCUCUAAUAGGCCUGACGACCUAGCUUCUUGAUUACCGGUUUCAACUAGAUUUCGCUGCCAUGCGAAUUCUCAACCACAACGGCUAGUUUGUUGACCCAAUGACCUUCACUAGAUGUUCGUGGUUGUUACAACACUAGCAACAUGAUAUUUGUAAUUGCGAUAUAAACAUCACUAUCAUAUGAUCUUUAGGUCCACUGGUACUGUUUACGUGAAUACUAUUUAUGGGCUUGUUGCA